UACACUAUUUGUCAAAUAUUUCAAGAGCUUUAGAAUGUUGUAAUAUACAUAUUUAAAAAUAAAUUUUUUAAAAAUCAAUAUGUCGAAGUUAUAUCGAGCCUCUCAGUACGAUAUGGCAUACAUGCCUACAGUAUUACGGAACUGGGAAAUUCCUAGGUACCACUGUGAAAUUCCAGGAGCACGAUUAGGAAAAACGCAGAUUAUUGCUAAUAAAAGAGGCCAUAUAUUGCCGGGAGUUCCUAGACCUCCACCAACUCCAUGGGGAUGUUAUUUAGGUACAUGGUAUCUUCCCAAACGCAUAACUAGGCAAAUAGCUAAUAAAUUGAAUGGUACGGACAACAGGAAACAUCUAAUAGCGGAAUGUAAAAAGAAAUUAAACCAAAAACCUAAAAUGAAACUUGACCACCAUUAUACGAAGCCUGAAAUUGAGAAACACGUGGGAGAAAUGCAAGUGACAGAAGAUCAAGGGGAAGAACCUCACGCAGGCGCAGGAGAAAUUCAAGUGGAAAGACGGCUUUGUCCAAUUCACGAAAUGCGUGUGGAAUAUAUUUAACAACUUUGUUUUUGCGUUAUGUGCAUUAUAAAUAUAUAACAAGAAAUUGAAAA